GGGUUAGUAUUUCUGAACUGUUUCAGUCUGCAGACAUGUACCAGCUCCUUUAUUAUUAAAAAAGUGUGUUCUAGCAUCUCUCGCUGCGGAGGGGCCUGGGAGGCGUGGUGAGCUGUGGCAACGUGGGCAGGAGGUUCGUGGUUUGUACGUUCACUCGUCCUCAGUGUGGUCAGCGGUGCCCCAGAAUUUUCUAAAAUCGCUGCUGCUUGUGCACCGAUUCCCUUGUCUUACCUGGGCACUGGUGAAACAGCACAGGCUUGGGGAAGUUUUGUGGGGAGUCGUUUUCUUGCAUAUCCUCAGCAGAUUAAAUGUUUGGGGAAAUGUUUUUUUAUUAUAGGAAGGAGGAAAAGAAGCCGCAGAUGAACCCUGGUGGUCACAGUCCGGGCUGCCCCAAAACAGGAGAGCAGUGGCAAAGAACGAAGAGGCCUUCCUGGUACCAAAGGCUUGGAGGAGCUACGAUUUCCUGGAGACUUGGAAGUACUCGGUAAGAAUCCAGACCUGCGCUGAGCCACAGGAGCCCCUGCAAGAAAACCUCCCAUCAUCUUCAUCCCUGCUGCUGCCGGCCAGCGAGGAGGCGGCAUGAAUCCUGCCCUGCCCUGGAUCCUUCCCCUUGGAUGCGUGCUGCUCCUGACAAAGGCUGCCGAAUGCUUCAUCUUGCCCAACUCAAGUCACCUGGAGAGCAUUCUGAGUAAAUACCAGGAUGGAGAAACUCACUCCAGAUCCAAGAGAGCCAUCUUAUUGUCAGACAGGCAGGAGAUAGUGAUGCUCCACAAUAAACUGAGAGGUCAAGUCUACCCAGUGGCCUCUAAUAUGGAAUACAUGACCUGGGAUGAUGAGCUGGAGAGAUCAGCCCAAGCUUGGGCUCAGCAGUGUAUCUGGGACCAUGGGCCUAGUGUCCUCAUCAGGUCAAUUGGACAGAACUUGGCGGUUCACUGGGGCAGGUAUCGGUCUCCAGCUUUCCAUGUCCAGUCUUGGUAUGAUGAGGUUAAAGAUUACACAUACCCAUAUCCUCACGAGUGCAACCCCUGGUGCCCAGACAAAUGUACUGGCUCUAUGUGCACGCAUUACACCCAGAUAGUCUGGGCCACGACGAACAAGAUCGGCUGCGCCGUGAACGUCUGCAAGCAGAUGAACGUCUGGGGAGAGAUCUGGGAGAACGCCGUCUACCUGGUCUGCAACUACUCGCCAAAGGGCAACUGGAUCGGAGAAGCCCCGUACAAGACCGGCCGCCCCUGCUCCGAGUGCCCGCCGAGCUACGGAGGAGGCUGCCAGAACAACCUCUGCUAUAAAGGUUACCGUUAUGAAGAUCCCAUCAUCACUGAGACGGAUGAGACCAAUGAAGUGGAGAUUUCACAGGUCGCGGAGCAAAAACCGGUGCAGUUCUACCCUCCAGAAAGCAAGCCCAGCAAAGCUGUGAAAACCAUCCUAGACUCCUACAUGACACAAGUCAUUACCUGUGAAACCAAGAUGAGAGACAAAUGCAGAGGCUCAACAUGCAACAGGUAUUUGUGCCCAGCUGGCUGCUUGUACAGUAAGGCAAAGAUCUUUGGAACAUUUUAUUAUGAAAGUUCAUCAAGCAUAUGUCGAGCUGCAAUUCAUUACGGCAUCCUGGACAAUAAAGGAGGACUGGUUGAUAUCACAAGGAAGGGGAGGACACCAGCUUUUGUGAAGUCUACCAGGAACGGUGUGGAGUCUUUUAGGAAAAAUAAGCCUUCAAAUGCAUUCAUGGUUUCCAAAGUCACAACGCAGACGCUGGAUUGCUAUGCUACAGUAGCUGAGCUGUGCCAGUUCAAAAAGCCGGCGACCCAUUGCCCAAGGAUUUAUUGUCCAGCCCACUGUAAAGAUGAGCCGUCGUACUGGGCCCCGGUGUUUGGCACAAACGUUUAUGCAGAUAGCUCCAGUAUCUGCAGAACUGCAGUGCACGCAGGAGUCAUUCCAGAUGAAAGAGGUGGUUUUGUGGAUGUGAUGCCUGUGGAAAAGAAGAAAAAUUAUGUUGGCUCCUUAAAGAAUGGCGUCCAGUCUGAGAGCUUGAAGAAUCCUUCAAAUGGAAACGCUUUCCGAAUUUUUGCUGUGAAGCAGUAAAUUCCCAGGGAAGGUGCAAGUUUCUUUGGGAGAGCACUCUGUUGAUCUCUAGAGACAGGAAAGCUCCUCUGAUGGCAUCAGCUCUGACCGUACCCUCCUUGCCAAUCUCUUUCAGGGAAUUAAAAUAGGAAAAAAAAAAAAAAAAAGAAAAAAAAAAGGGAAAAAAAAAAGGAAAAAAAACCCAACCCACCAGGUUCUGACUCAGCUGUUUGCAUCUCAUCGCACCCAUUCAGCGUUGUAUCUUUCUGUUUCGUGUUUUUGUUUCUCUCGGGGCAUUCAGCAGUGAUAAACUGUUCUAACUUUUCAAUUUGCAAGAGGUGUGCUACACAGAACGGCGGUGGCUCAAUAUACAGCAGACGUAGGGAUCUCGGCCUGGCCCUUGGUGGCGUUUUAGGGUGUGAAGCUUCUGCUGCGAUGGGCAUGAGGACGUGCACUGCUAAGCAGAAUCAGAAGUGAGCAACUGUCCAGGCACUGGACCCUUUUGAAAUGAGAAACUGUUUUAAAAGUUGCAUCUUCUGGGGAGACGCUGGGCUUUGAUAGAGUGUUUUUGUGUAUGUUUGAUGUUUUCUGUGCAAAAGAAGGGAAAAUGUGGUGGUUUUCCCAACGAGUUGGCAUGCCCCAGCACUCCUGUGUGAGGCUGCUGGGGCAUCACACCAGGCUACGUUGUACAAUGAUGGUGUCGUGUUUGGGGAGAGGACGUUCUUGUUGGCUGGACAUCAAGGUGUUUUGGGGACUGGAGUAGGGUGUGAAACGGUGGCAGAGAUCCUCACUGCAGAAAAUGAGGCCACCAGAUAAUCCAAACAGCAGGUUCAGUGUUUGCUGGUCAAACAUUCACAGGUAUUUUGCUGGUCUGGCAACCUAUGAGAAGUCAGUGAACCGGGGCUCCUGUGCUGGCAUAUCUCAUCCUAUACUAUACGCCAUUUCAAAUAAAAUUUCAGUUAAAUGCAGUGUAUUGUUUUAUACAGCAGUGCUGGUUGUUUUCUCUGUAGUAGUUCAGUAGUGGUAAAGUUAAUCUUGUUUCUGCUAGGAAUGGUUGCACCCAUAGGAAGCGUGUUCGCCUCACCUUUGUGCAGCUCUUUGCGGUGGGUGCAGUUGUGAGACUUUAAAGUGAUGGCAUAAACUGGGCGAGAUGAAUUUUUCCCCUUUGAUUUGUGAAACCAAGAGAUCCCCACUUUCCGUGUAAUUGCGGUGCCCGUCAGCAUCUGAUAUCCAGGAAUGGUGUGUUUUGCAAAACCCGUCGGUGUUGUAAUGAUGGUAUUUCCUAUUUUGUUAUUUAUGCCUCCACAUGCACCCAAAUGCAUUUCAGAGCCAAGAGGAGAGCCUAGCCUGACCUCCUCCUUUAAGGUGGGAGAGUGUUCUCCGCUUUAUGUUGGAAAUUAUUCUCUGCUUUAUGUUGGAAAUGAAUUUUUAGAUUUGGUCUAAACAUUAAUCUGUCUGUCUUUUGAUGCACAGACACCAGUCACUUCAUUAGUUAUAAGAAGGCAACGCAAACUUUUAAGUUCUUCGGUUCUUGUAAAUGCAUAGUCCUCCUGCUCAGUAACUUGGUUGUAAUAUUGUGUUACAAACGGGAAAAUAUUUCCCUCUAUUUGGCAGAUGUCUCAUAGCUGCUCUUACGCUCAGGCUAUGUUUGGUUUAAUUUAGACAGAUAUAAAAACGUUCAAGCUGUUUCAAAACACAAACCAAAAUUGUCUAUAUGAUUAAGCAUUUCUUUAAUUCUGUAAACACCAUGAAAUCGGCAAGGAAAUUACAUUUCUCAUUCAGUUUGUCUCCCUGUUGGAGUUUGUUAUUCUGUGAAAUCUGAAUUCGGAAAGAGACCUUUUGUAAAAUAUGAAAUUGGAGCUGCUUUGCAUCAUCUCCGAAAGCGCUGCACAGAAAGCCUGCCUUUGGGGGGGACAGAGAGAAAUGACUCUACGCAUCGUCUUUGUUUCUAUAGUAUCAUCUUCCAAGGUGUACAAUAUUUGCUUUAGAUAGGAAAUCUGAACUGUUUUUUUACUUACUAGGUAAAUUGGUGUUCAAAACAGCUGGAACAUAUCUUAGAAAAGCUGCUGGUUGGAAGCGUUUGAGAUCUUGGCAGUGAGAUAAGGCUUCCCUGUGUCUGCCCACGGUGAAUAAUUAUGCUAUACGUGGCCUGGUUCAAGCCCAUUAAAUACUGCAGCGUGAGGCUAGGACCAUCACGGGCCAGAUGGUAGUCACAGUGCAGUUUAUUGAAUUGGAAGGAGUAAGAGAUGCAGUCAGGUAUUCUUCACGGGGACUGCAGGAGCACAUACAAUGCCUUCAUGCUAAUAGGAUCCCACCUCUGACGUGCUGUCUGUGAUAAUUGCGUAUGCUGCAAAACGAUGGAAAAAAAUGUAAGGACUUUUGCAGAAAAGUCCAGGGGAUUAUUGUGGGCACAUAAAAAUCCAAACAGAUUGGGGUGUAUCUACCUGACGAAAGGGGGGCAAGGGAAGAAUUAUUAUUCCAACAGAAAUAUCCUAAAAUGCUUCAUUCAAGUUACAAUUGUGUAUUUUUAUCUUCAGCCAACUGGUUUGGAUUUUGGGAAACCGAUAUUAAUUUAAGUCUGUAUCUGUUUAUUUUUAUAUUUGUUGUACAAAAGAGAAAUUGUGACUUUACUACACAAAUAUUAUUUGAGGUCCUGGGUGCUAUUAAUUUAAACAUACCUCCACCAGAAUUAGGGGUGAACAGGUCCUCCAAGGCAGUCAUGAUGUAUCAAUUACUUGCAAUCAUGGGUGCUAGCUAUUCAUAUUAUAGGUGGGACAGUACCAGUUUUUAGCCAAAUAUUUACUGAUUUUAUUUCUGAUACCGAAACAUUUCUCAGCCUAAUAUAUUUCAAUGCAGCUUAAAGACGCAGCACAUCUUAAUAUCACCAGAUCCGUUCGUCCUUAGACCCCAGCUCAGCAGAUUAGUAAGCACGUGCUGGCUUGAAGCACCCAGGUGUAGUCUUACUGAAGCAUCUGGUUAAAACCCUGGCAAAGCCGAUGCUGCCUGGUGGUUCUUCUCCGAUAAAUUUAUUUUUCAAACCAAGACUGCCAGCGCAGACACUGCCAUUGCAGAGCAUCUGGCCCAGCAUAGCCAAAUGUCCAGAAAACACAACCAGUGUGACAACCAAAGCACGGCACUUCCCCAGGUGCCGCUGUGCUGUCAGGUCCAUUGGCUCCAUGAGUAUCUUUAUUUUAAGAUGUUCAGCCAACGGCUGAUUGAGGAGUCUCCAGUUGGUUGGUUGUGCAGUCAAAAUAUUUAGGGCCAGUUCAUAAUUUGCUUUUUUUUUUUUUUCUAUGAAAAAUGAUGUAUUUUACUUCCUAUGUGUAAAAGUUUCUUGUAAAUUUUUGUGUGCCUUUGCAUGUUUUUUGAGGGGCCGUGUGUUUUGUUUAUAAACUAUAAUUUUUUUUCUAAAUGCAGAAUUGUAAAAUAUCUUUUUUCCCCCUCCAUUUUCUUUUGAUUUCUGAAUUAUUUGUGAAAUAAAACCUUCCCAGAA